UGUAUAUGUACAUUCGGUUAUGUUAUAAAUAUGUUAACUUAUAAAUGGUAUGGACAAUUUUAAAGAAAUUGAAUUUUACUGAAGAUUGUUUGCAUGCAAUGGAUCAAGACCAAAGAGAUGGCAGUGAAGCGCUGCAAACAGAAAUUGACGGUCUAAGACCAGAUCAAGCAGUCAGCUACAAAAUGUCUCGAUCUAACUCGAUACACUCUGAAGACAAUUUUUCACAAUCUUGGAUUGGAACAUUGUUCAAGUUACUGAGCGAGGUUUCGAAGUUCUGUGUGUAUUGUAUUCCUAUAAUUGGACCACGCAUCGUCCAAAGAUUUGUACAGAUUUUAGUACCAGAGAAAACACAGAUGACAACACAUUUUUCUACUGAAAUCGCAAGAUUGUGCAAGGAUUUCUCAUAUAAAUGUAUACUUUGCAACAAUAUUAAAGAAUUAUGUGACAAGUACCCUCUCGCCGUCGUGUGUCCAGUAUCUUCCAGGUUUGAGCCGGAUAUCGACUUGGCACUAAAUGGCAUCAAAUGGAAAACGCAGUUUGCUGUUUUACUUCUACACUCUGGUUUAGAAAAUUCCUUACCUAGAUUACCAACAGCUUCUAAACUAGAGAAGAAGGAAAAGUAUCAUAAUGUUGAGUUCAUUGAUGUUGCUUACAACUUGGAUUCAAAAUUAUACACAUGUCAAAUGAAUGAAACUGCAAACUAUCAAUUGCAUAGAUAUUUUACAAGAUAUUACAGGGCUUCAUUGAAUGAUCAAAGAAAUUACUUCGCUGCAAUAACAGGAAGACUCAUUGUUGUCGGCGGUCUUGGAGUUUUAGGAUGUCUUGUCCUUUACAACGUAAUUAAACAACCAUUAUGUAAUUUUGUUGGACGAUUAAAAUGUUUCAUUGUUGCCAAUAUAAUACAACCGUUACGCAGUCUCACUGGACUAUUAAAAUAGGUCAUUGUUUUCCCGUCUUACUUUAGACCAAUUUUGUUUUUGCUCAAUAGCUUAAUAAUUUCACAAGACAGUGAGAUAUUUUAUGACACGUAUAAAUAUGUUAUCUGCUGAUCGUUUCUAAAUUAUUAAAAGAGCUUGUUUCCUACUUGGUUAUUUGUUUUGUUUGAGUUAUGGCCAAAUCAACACUAUAGGUUUGGUCUGUGUGGUUACUUGUUUUGACCGUUUAUAUGUACUAUGAUGUCUGCUUCGUUGGAUUGUCGUUGAAGGUAGAUGUCACAGGGUCAUUUGUCAUUAUAUAUACAUGUAUAUACUUUACCAUUAUUAUAUCCAAUAUGAUAUAUAGUGCAUUUCUUAUAAAUAUAUUCUUCCUUGUCCAUCCACUCUUCAUCUCAUAUUUACUCCCAUAGCCUCAUUAUAUCUUUCAUCAUAUAUCAUACACUAACUAUAGUAACUGGUGACGGGUCUCAUUUUUCCGCUCAUGAUUUACCGCCACGC